GCGUCACCAGUCCCAUCACUUGUGUUGUCAUGAGAGAUGCCAAAAGUACCCCAUAAUCGAACUCGGGCAUCUAUUGGUAGAGCCGAAUCGUUAGGACAAGUGCAGAAAAAAGGCUCCAAGUCUGUCGCCUGUCAACGAUGCCAUUCACGGAAGGUCAAAUGCUCUGGAGAGCACCCGUGCUCGAAUUGCCGCGACGCCGAAAGACCAACUGAAUGCGAGUACCCUUCGCGUGACCGCAACAUCAAACUGAGCCAACAGUACGUAGAGGACCUCUUGAAAGAAAAUGAACGUUUACGCAACAACAAUGCGAACGUGACAUCCGCAUCUGAUGCUCCGCGUCUCGGAUCGUCUCAUAGUAACGCCGAGAAUCAAGAUGCGGUGCAAAAUCCACUCCUGGAAGAUCGCCCAUGGUUUCUUCCCAUGUCUUCUUCGGAUAUGCCCAUUCGCAUCGAUGAAGCUGCCGACGCUGCAUUCGCAACUAGGUUUCGUCAGACGUUGAUUACGGAGUCGAUUAGCCACCUCCCUCGAAUGAGUUAUGUAGGAGAUGAAUCGUUGCUGCGUCUCGCGGAACCUCACUAUUCCUUCCCAACUCCGGCUCGAGCAAGGUUCCUGGUCAAGGCGGCCUUAAAUACAGUAUGCCGGUACUAUCACAUAGUUCGCCAGAGUGUGGUACUAGAAGCUUUGGAAAAAGUUAUCGCUAAUGGUGGUGACGGCGAGAGACUCGUUGUCUGCAAACUCUUGGCACUUUUUGCACUUGGAGAGGCCUAUUCGACGAAGACUGCGGCUCAAGAGGCCACUUUUCCUGGGUUGGUAUACUAUGCGCAAGCACGGAAGAUGGUCACAAUGGCUGCUGAGAGGCCACAAAUGGAUACGCUUGAAAUUGCGCUUCUACUUGUCCUAUAUUCAUACGUUCUCAAUAGGCGACAUUCUGCAUACCUCUUUGCUAGCUCCGCAGUUAGGCUUGCAAUCAUCAUGGGCAUGCAGAUGAACGUUCCAGAACACCAAUACCGCAAUCGCCUGGCGAGAGAACAUCGGACGCGACUGUGGUGGACGGUCUACGUUUUAGACCGGACUUGCGCAUCGAAACUCGGUCUUCCGUCAUCCAUUGCUGACGAGGACAUCUUAGUAGAUCUUCCUAGCAGCGUCGGGCUAGAAGAUGACGCUCAAGUCGACUUCGGCGACGUUGACUAUAUUUUGCAGAGUGUUGAGCUGGCGAGACUCUCUGCGCAGUCCAUUCGCGCCAUAUACAGCAGAAGAAAACACUGCAGCCCGUUUUCUCAGAGAGUGCAGGUUUCUCUGAAGGAUCUUACGAAAUGGAUGGAAGCCCUACCUACCCAGUUACAUUUGGAGGAUAGUGAGAGAUGUACCACCCAGUCGAAUCACAUUGUUUAUCUUCACCUUACAUUCAACCAAUGUGUCAUUCUUGCUACUCGACCAAUUCUCCUUCAUGUGCUCCGCACUCACCGGCAAUCCUGGACAGAUCCUUCCAUCAACCCCAAAGCCGGUCUCCCAGACAGUGCGCUUGCACUAGCAGAGACGUGCAUACAAUGCUCUCGACACUCGUACCGUCUUCUCACUGAAGCAUGGGUUCAAGGUUCAUUUGCUAUAUUUGACUAUUUUAACAUGCAAUACCUGUUUUCGUCUGCUACGAUUCUCGCCAUAUCGAGCUUGCUAAGAUCCCCUCAAAGCCAAAGUGAUGGCGACAACUUCAAUAAUGCUGUAGAGCUUCUGCGCCAGCUCAAUCAGAGCGGCAACUACGGAGCGCACGAGUUCUGCAGGCAUAUUGAUGCUAUAGAACAAAGUAUUCAAAGUGUUUUGAAUAACAACUCCACUCAACGCAUAUCGCGCCUUCCGUCGGACCUGAACCAAGAGACCGUUUACUCGCUUGCCCGACCGACCAUGACAGCCGGUAUGGCGCUUGCUGAACCGUCGCUGCAGGAAUUUCUUGCCGACAAUGACCUGAACAUGCAGGGUUUCGAUAAUCAUACAUUCGAUGCGCUGCAGACUCCGUUUUGGCCCGAAAUAUGGGGCAAUGGAUGGGCAACAGGUUGAGACGUCCGACACAACCCUGUUGCCUAAUGGUGUUGGAAUCGAAUAAACAUUUUUCGAAUGUUGAUUGCGUUAGGCCGUCACUGAGGCCACGGUGCCUGUUUGGUGCUCUCUUGCGUAUCGUCCGCCCAUGCCUCCAUCGAAGAAGCAU